AUGCCCAAACGCCAAGAGCAGAUCCCAGCCGCGGCUCAAAAACCAUCUGCCCUCAUCCUCCCCACGUCAUAUAUGGUUGACACGCCUCCCGAGUCCUUUCCGGACCCCCACCACGGCGAAAUUUCCUGGCAUACCCUCUUUUCAGCACCCAAAACCAACACCUCUGAUCUUAGCGUGGGGAUUGCCAUCUGUCCCCCACACACGGGACAUCUUGGUGCCCAUCGACACAAACAAGCUGAAAUAUAUCAUAUUCUUGAGGGUGAAGGUGAGAUCACGAUCGAUGGGGUAAGCAGUCGAGUUAGUUCCGGGAGCACGGUGUUUAUCCCAGGAGAUGCCGAACAUGGGAUUGUGAAUCGAGGAGAAGAAAGACUACGGUGGCUCUAUGUUUUUGCGGAAGGGUCCUUCGAGGAUGUAGUUUAUCGAUUUUCAGGUGACUGGGAUCAAGCAAAUGUUGGUGUGAGUGAUGGGAAUGUACGGGAGAAGGCGAAGCUGUGA